GCAAGCUGUAAGUGAACGAAUCUACAUCAAUGCGAUUUUUUUUUGUUUUGUUCGUUAAGAUUUUUUUUGCGAAAUGUCGCGCGUUAACGUAGUUGGACUUGGCUCUGUAAUGUAAAAUUCCUGCUCCAAGUAUAUACAAAAUGCUGAGGAACUUUGGACCAGGAGGUCUCCAGCAGAAUGCCGGCCUUCCCGAUGUGUAUCGAUUUUUUCGUGACAAUUACGGCGACUUGGUUCGAAUGCCUGGGAUGUUCGGAAAAAGAGAUCUUUUGUUGAGCUUCCAUCCGAACGACUAUGAAAGGUUGUUUCGCAACGAAGGCCAGUGGCCGUUACGUCGUGGCUUGGACACCUUCGAGUACUAUCGGACGCAAGUUCGAACGGACGUUUUUAAGGGUAAAGGAGGAUUGGUAUCCGACCAAGGAGAAAACUGGCAAAAGUUCCGUACAACAGUGAAUCCUGUUAUGCUGCAACCGAAAACCGUUAAACUAUAUGUGAGCAAAUUAGAUGAAGUAGCUCAUCAACUUAUGGCAAUAAUGCUCACCACUCGCGACAUCAAGAACGAGCUGCCGGCCAAUUUCAAACAAUGGAUUAAUCGUUGGGCACUUGAAUCAAUGGGUGUUCUGGCUUUGGACGCUCGUUUGGGUUUACUUGACAGUGAACAGUCCCAAGAAGCAACAAUAAUAGUCAAGUAUUUACAGGAAUUCUUUGAGUUGACGUAUCAACUGGACGUCCUUCCAUCAGUCUGGAAAUACUACGAAACACCCUCGUUCAAGCGACUAAUGGUAGUGCUCGAUAAAAUUACUGAAAUCGUGAUAGCCAAAAUAAGCGAGGCGGUAAUCAGAUUGGAGAAAAAUCCAACAACUUCGAGUGAAUCCCAAAGCGUGUUAGAGAAAUUGCUAAAAGUUGACCGAGAUAUUGCUUUUAUCAUGGCGUGUGAUAUGCUGAUGGCUGGUGUCGAUACGACGGGUGCUGGUGUCACUGGUAUUCUGUACUGUCUUGCUUCCAACCCAGAAAAACAAGCUACAUUGCGGCAAGAGUUAUUAAAAGUUUUACCUCGGAAGGACUCCACAUUGACACCAGAAAAUAUGCAUAACCUUCCAUAUCUACGGGCUUGUAUCAAGGAAAGCAUAAGAAUGUGUCCACCUGUGUCCGCAAAUGUGCGUGCCACAGGCAGAGAUUUGGUUCUGCAGGGCUACCAAAUUCCAAAAGGGACCGACGUGGCAAUGAGUUCCAUGAUUUUGCAGAACGAUGAACGGUUUCUGACCCGUGCCAAUGAAUUUCUACCGGAAAGAUGGCUCAAGAUGGAUGGAUAUCCGAGCGUUAAGGAGGCGCAUCCUUUUCUUAUUCUGCCGUUUGGGUUCGGCGUGAGAACCUGCAUCGGCCGACGGUUGGCUAUGCUGGAGAUGGAGAUCAGUAUGCUUCGUUAA